AACAGGACUAUAAAUAUCAGAGUUUCUCUCCGGGCUUUGUGGAGCUGCCGCAGACAAGCAGAGGGAAAGGAAGCUGUCUGGUUGGAAGAGGUUGCGACAACCUCAGCAAUGUGGAGAAGACUGGGGCUUGCCCUGGCUCUCUGUCUCCUCCCCUAUGGAGGAACAGAGAGCCAGGGCGAAAGCUCCAUUUGUAAGCAACCUCCAGCCUGGAGUAUAAGAGAUGAGAAUCCAAUGCUGAACUCCCACGGUACAGUGACCGUGGUUGCUCUUCUUCAAGCCAGCUGAUACAUGUGCAUUCUGCAGGCGUCCAGAUUGGAUGACCUUCGAGUAAAACUAGACCAAGAAGGAUAUUAUAAUAUUUCUUAUGUUGUUGUUAAUCACCAAGGAAUCGCUUCUCGAUUAAAAUACAUACAUCUUAGAAACAAGGUUUCAGACCAUAUUCCUGUUUAUCAACAAGAAGAACAACAAACAGAUGUCUGGACUCUCUUAAAUGGAGAAAAAGAUGACUUCCUCAUAUAUGACAGAUGUGGCCGUCUUGUAUACCAUCUUGGUUUGCCUUAUUCCUUCCUAACCUUCCCAUAUGUAGAAGAAGCCAUUAAGAUUGCUUACUGUGCAAAGAAAUGUGGAAACUGCUCUCUCAGGACUCCUGAAGAUGAAGACUUCUGUAAAAAUGUGUCUUCGGCUACUGAAGUUCUGCAUCCACAUCACCAUCACGGGCAUCAUCACAAGCACGGGCAUCAUCCCCUUAGGAGCAGUGAGCUUUCAGAGAGUCAGCAACUAGAGGCACCAGAUAUCCCUAAGCAUCCCUCUCCUCUAGGUCUUCAUCACCACCAUCUCCAUAAGGGCCAACAUAGGCAGAGACAGGGUUACCUGGAGAGCUGAGACUUGCCAGCAAGUGAAGGUUUUAAACCUUCACUUGCACAAAGGAAGCUCUGCCGAAAGGGAUGUGUAAACCAAUUACUGUGUAAGUUGUCCAAAGAUUCAGAGUCAGUAUCUAGUAGCUGUUGCUGCCAUUGUCGACAUCUGAUAUUUGAAAAAACAGGAUCUGCAAUCACCUGACAGUGCGCAGAAAACCUCCCAUCUUUAUGUAGCUGCCAGGGACUUUUUGCGGAGGAGAAAGUCAUUGAAUCUUGUCAGUGCCGAGCACCUCCAGCUGCCUGACAAGCAAAUCAGCAGCUGAAACCCACAGAAGUCAGCCCCAACUGAAGUUGAAAUAAUAGGUCAAAAAAGUGAAAAUGACGUUCAAACUAAAUAUUUAAAAUAAGACAUAUUCCCCAGUUCAGUCUGGCACAAUUUAAUUUACAGAAUUUUUACAAGCCAACUAAUUAAUCAGUGAACUAAAAACAGGAAUUGGAUUUGUACAAACAUGGAGAAAUGUACCAGAUUAGCUUCUAAAUUUUAAAUUUUAUGCCAUUGAAAUUUUGACCCAAACCAUAUUUUUUAUUAUGGGGCAACUGAAAAGUGAUUGCAGCUUUUGGUUAAUGUGUCUUUCUUUUUCUUUUUCCAGCAUUCUAUUUGCAUUGAUGAGGACAGAAACAUAAACUAUAACCUAGGGGUUUCUGUUGGAUAGUUAGUAAUUUAGAAUGGAGGAAGAACAACAAAGACAUAUUUUCCAUUUUUUUCUUUACUCAUCUCUCAAAGCAAUGUAAUCUUUGUCUUCUUGAUCUUAUAAUUUUAACUGAUUAAACCUUUAAAGAAAUGCACUCUGUUUUUUAAGAUCC